AUGAACUCGUCCUGUAUGCAUGCCCAACAGCGUCCACCCUGCUGCCUCGGCCUCGUCAUUUCUGUUGUACACGUAAACAGAGUUCAUAUUUAUGACUGCGUUUGCAUCAACCCUCAAGCAUCGGCCAAUUACCGCCUCGUCUGGUCAGCCCAGCCUCCCGGCCGGUACACCUUUUCUCAUCACCUUCCUCUUGCCUACAGAAUUCUGCUGAUCGGUGCGCCGGUACGGCUCGUUUACUUGAUCUGUUUUGUGCACUAUUGCAGUCCAGUCUGCUCAAUCGUCUCCAACCCACUGGCCAGGCCUAUCGACAGACUCGCUGCGCCUGGAGAAGCGAAAACUUUGCUCAUGCAUUCACCGUCGAGUCUCCGUUUCGUGAGGUUAUGCCAAGUCGACCGGCAAGCAUUGGCAUCAUUUGACCAACAUCGCUUGGGCGCAUGA